AUGGACGCAGACGGAAUCCAGCUCUAUGAGCACCAGCUAGCGCAGGUAGAGUCAGCCCUGGCCGCAGACCCGUCCAACGCCGAGCUCCAGAACCUGAGAGAUGAACUCGUCAACCUCAUCAAUCUGACCAAAUCCCUUCAAGGCGGCGCUGGCGCUGAUGGAACAGACGGCUCCGGCUCCAGCGCAAACGUGGCAAGCUCCUCGACAGCCCCCGUAGUACCAGCACCAGCAGCAGCAGCGGGCCCUUCGACUCACAGGCAGUCGGGUGGCGCACCAGCAACCACGCACCACUUUGCUGCAGGCGAUGACGUCUCGGCGAGGUACGCUGAGGAUGGCCGAUGGUACCCGGCCCGUAUCGUGUCUGUGGGCGGAUCCUCGGACCACCCGGUCUACUCGGUCAUCUUCAAAGGCUACAACAACACCGAGAUUGUGACAGCAGCCGACCUCCGCCCGUCCAAACCUCGCACCGCCGGCACCUCUUCGCCGGCCACGGCCGCCUCUGCCACUCCGACUACCGCCUCGUCCUCGUCGGCGUCUCCAGCCCCAGCAUCAUCGUCAUCGGGCACCAACAAGAGGCUGACGCCCGCCGAGGAAGAGGAGCGCGAGCGGAAACGCAAGCGCAACGAGCGCAAGACGGAAAAGCUCGCGGCCAAGCAGGCGGCACAGGUGGACAAGCAGGCGGCCUGGCAGAAGUUUGCCAAAAAGGGCGUCAAGAAGGGCGUCAUCCCGGGCCAAAAGAGCAUCUUCAAGACGCCCGACGACCCGUACGCCAAGGUCGGCGUCGUUGGCGGCGGCAGGGGCAUGACGACCUACAAUUCGCGCUCCAAGCACGUCUACGACGGCAGCGAGGGCGGUCAGUCCUGA